AUGGAACGAUUUCCGUCCUGGCCGACACGUAGCAAGUGCCAUGGUUUCUUUGCCGUGACGUCGCCGCCUUCUCGGCUAUGCGCAUCACCAGAGGACAGAAAAAAAAGUGACGGGUAGGAAAAAGAAGCAAUGGUUCUUGACCGCCGGGCACUCCCCUCCCAGCUGACGGGCGGACAGAAGAGCGGGAAAAAGGAAAAGUCGGCGAGCGGGUGGGCUGGCUUUGCUCCUUUGCUGUUCGCGGUGGACAGUGGUGACCAGGACAAGGGAUCAAGGUGCCGGGAGUGGACGGCACGGCAGGUUGGCAGCAGACUAUUGGAUCCAGGCCACACCUAGGCCCAGGUGGCAGCUGUAUGCGUGGUGUGUCAUAUCUCAGAGCGUGUUGGAAACAGAAAAAAAAAUACAAGUCUAAGGACUGCGACACAGUUUCUGGAUUACCAACGCCUCAAAACG